GAAGUUAUGUUCGUCGAUGUAGCUCAGCCCAAGGUUAAUUAUUUUCCGUUUUUAAGUGUUUGAUUUACAGGGAGAUAAUAAUUUCAUCGUUCGUUCACAUGUGGAAAAUACGGCACUUAACGAAAAUAGAUCAUGAAUGUCUUCUGCGAUCGUUAUAGUUUGUCUACCAGCAGGCUUGUCUUCUCUUUUUCAGAGAUUUGUUCGACAAAAUGAGAACACUGCGCAAACUCAAGAACCUAUUAACACCGGCUUUAUUUCGGGGGAAACACGAUUACUUCCCGAGAACCCUCGAACUUCACAAUGGCAGAAAGACCAAGCCACUGUUUUCCUCUGAAGAAAUGAACCGACGUCUAAACAGAAUCCGUACUUACAUGGAAAAAAAUGGUCUUGACGCAUGCGUGUUCACCUCUUAUUACAACAUUUAUUACUUCAGCGAGUUCCUAUACUGUUCCAUGGGUCGGCAGUACGCUAUGGUCAUUACUGACGAAAAAGCAUUAACAAUUACGCCAUCUGUCGAUUAUGGAUUUCCAUGGAGACGAGGGAUUUGCGAUAACAUUAGCUACACCAACUGGCGAAAGGAUAAUUUUUACUACGCCCUGCAACAACAGUUACAAUCUGCAAACACAGUGGGUGUGGAGUUCCCGGACAUGGGAGCCUCCCUGCAUAGUUUCUCAGAGGCCUUACCGCAAAGCAAAUUUGUCGACGUAGCAGAUGCAGCCAUGGAAAUUCGACGGGUGAAGUCUCCAGAAGAGAUCGACAUAGUCCGUCAAGGCUCUCGAAUAGCAGAGCUUGGGGCGUAUGCAGGAAUCAAGACCCUACACGAGGGUGUCCCAGAGUAUGAAGUGGUGAUCGCUUCAAAUAGCACCAUGAUGCGGGAGGUAGCUGCUACAUUUCCACAAAUCGAUAUCAGAGAUACGUGGUCUUGGCUGCAAUCUGGAAUAAACACCGACGGAGCCCACAAUUUUCCUACAAGUCGGCGUAUUCAAAAAGGGGAUAUUCUGAGUUUGAACUGCUUUCCUAUGAUAGCCGGAAAUUACGCUGCUCUGGAGCGUACGUUGUUCUUUGAUCACGUGCCAUCAGAUCGACAUAUGGAACUCUGGGAGAUCAAUAACAAGGUCCACCGUAGAGGCCUGGAACUAGUCAAACCGGGCAUGCGCUGCGGUGACGUUGCACGGGACCUGAACGAAAUUUAUCUGGAAAACGACAUUCUGCAAUACCGAGUCAUUGGCUACGGACACUCUACGGGAGUUCUUUCUCACUACUAUGGAAGAGACUGGGGCCUAGAAUUCCUCGAGCACGUGGACACAAUUCUGGAGCCUGGAAUGAUCAUUACCAUGGAACCAAUGAUUGUAGUUCCCGAGGGAAAACCCGGAGCUGGCGGGUACAGAGAACACGAUACGUUGAUUAUUACGGAGACUGGGACUGAGAACACAACAUCAUCGUUUCCUAUUGGUCCUGAACAAAUGAUUGUCAAAAACUAAGCAUACUAUCCUCAAAGACAGAGUUCAUAGCUUACUGUAGGUUUCCUCUAUGGCGAUGCAAGAAUUUUUACGGGUAAAGCUAUUUUUGUAGCAAUAGCUGACAAGGUUCUAAGUUGGGCGCAAAAACUAGGAAAAAAAAUAUGAUUACAGUAGAAAAAUCAAUCUGCACAUCAAUGAAUUUCUGACAAAUGCUUACGUAGGAACCACUUCAGAAAAAUUAUUUCGACGCCCAUUCAGAGGCUAUGCACAUUCGCCAAAAGUGAGCGAAGAGUGUGAGGAAGUAACUAAAUUCUGCAUCAAAUAUUUUCGAGCUGAUCUCUGUUUGAAAAAGCAGCCGCAUUCGGUCUAUUUGUAAUUUUAGUCAGCGGGAUGUUCAUGUCUAUUAAAAAAGUUAGUUUACCUCAA